CUCACUAUUAUUUUUUCAUUUCUUUCCUUUACUAGACCUUUCUGCUUAAUGUGAAAAUGUUCAUCGCUCCCUCCUUGAAGCUCUGUUCUUUGUCAUAUGUAACUCCUUAUGCUCUUGUUCUUUUCCUGUGUUUCUAUUUCUUUUCUGUUUUCUUUGGGGGUUCUUUUUUAAAUUCAUUGUCUAAAUGUAGGUGUUCCCAUGGUUCCAUUCUUGACCUUAAUCUCUAAACAUGAUCUAAUCUAUUCCCCUGAUUUCAUGUCUCAUCUGUAUGCUUAUGACCUUGCUGUAAAGCUUUAGACUCCUAUAUCUAAAGAGCAGCUACCUCUUCACAUGGCUACCUCAUAGCCAUUUCAAAUCCACUCAGUCAUUCAAAGUAGAAACCUGUAGUUAACUGUAAAUCCCCCAACACGAUGUACUUCACUUUCUAUAUCUAACGAUGCAUCAAGCCAUGACUGUUUUACUUCCUGAAUCUUACUGUUAACCUUUUCUUCAGCCAUGCUUUUCCCACACUAGUUCAGGCCCUCAGCAUCUUUUCUAGAGCUUUGCUACUCAAAGUGUGGUUUGUGGCCAGCAUCAUCAAUAUCACUUGGGAGCUUGUUAGAAAAAAGAAUCUCAGGCCUCACUGCAGACCUACUGAAUCAGAAUCUGCAUUUUAACAGGAUGCCUAGGUGAUUUGUACUCACAGUAAAUUUUGAGAAGCAUUGUUCUAGAAUAUUGCCGCGGCCACUAACUACUCUCCUUGCCAUCAGUUUUUGUCUCCCUAAAUCCACCCUCAAUUUAACCUCUAGAGUGUUUCACCUAAAGUGCACAUCUUCCCAUGCCAUUCCCCUGCUUAAAAGUCCUUAUUUCUCUAUUUUUUAAGGAUAAAAAUCUAAGCUUCAUAGCUCUCUACCAUCUUGUCCCCGUCUCCCUUCUCCAGGCUUCCUACUAUGAUCUAUGUGGGUCAGAACCUGCAAACUGCUUAUAGGUUCCAGAAACCGUUACCCCAUUUCUUGCCUCACUUCCCUUCAUGCUGCCAUUUUGCCUAGAACAUUUUCAUGUCCCUCUUCUCUUGACCAAUUCCUACUCAUUCUUUAACAUGCCACUUCCCUGUAAACCUUUUCACUUCCUUCAAGGCUUAUCUUCUGUGCUUCCUUAGCCUGCAUAUCUAAUUAUCUCUCCCUGUGUCCUUAUCUCCCAUUAGAAUGUAAGGUCUUUGAGGGAAGGGACUUCAUCUAACUCAUCUAUAUUUCCAGUACUAGAGAUAAAAACUGGCACAGACUAGGCCUACCUCAAUAGAGAUUAGUUUAAUAUAUGAAUCAGUGAACUAUUAACCUUUAUUUAUUGAGUGCUGACCCUGUGUUUGUACUGUUAAGCUUUCUGCUUAAUGUGAUUCAACAUAUCCCCAAAAGUUACAUAGAGAUCUGUGUUAUUAUCUAGGAUUUUAAAGAACGUUGAUUUAGGCAAGUGUAGAAGUAGAAGUGGUAGGGCUUCUGAAAUUCAUAGAUGUUUGGAGAAAUGACAGACUUCCUUGUUAGGGUAUUUUUCCUAUUGCUUUGCUGAGGGUUAUCUGAAAUAAGUGGCUUCUAGUUUAAUGGCAUUAGGUAAAUUGGAACUGAGAAGUGUGUCAGCUAUGAGAAAUGUGUACACUCUGGUUACUUCUAAAAGGAGGGUCAUUUUAGUACUCUGAAGUUUCAAGGUUAUUAGGAUGAGAGAAGGAGGAUUUUGGUGAAUUUUCAUCUGGCUGGGGAGGGUGGUGCUGAUCAUCAGCAUAAUUUAAUCCGUUCAUUGAAGUCAUUCUACACUAGCCUCUGAAGCUGAAGCUCAAAGAACAGAUUUUCAACCCUGCCUUGACUCUUUCAUUUUGAUAACAGCAAACAUUUGAGGAUUAAAAAAAUAGCUGGAGAAUUUAAAUUAGCUGAUGAGAAUUUCAAAGAACAGCAACAGCAGAAGCCGAUAUUAUAAGUGAUCAAGUGGUAAGACAAAAACAACAUGUGCCACUUUAACUAUUUUCACUCUUCAUCUAUUUUCUCCCUUCUUUCUGUCUCUGCCUUCUUUUCUAUCUGCUACUGUUUAUAUGUUUCUACUAUAUUUAAUCUCUUUCUCUUUUUCUUUAUCAUUCUUACUGCUCUCUUCAUGUCCCUCAUUCAGUCCAGAUCUUAUUAGCACAGGAAUGGCUACCAUAACGAUAUGGAACUAAAGUAUCAUUUAGUAUGAGAACCUACGUUUGUCAUAUUUGUAAUAUCACCUUUACAUCUUUAGAAAUGUUCCGGUUACAUAUGCAAGGAAGUGAACAUCAAAUUAAAGAAUCUGCUGUUAUCAAACUAUUGAAGAAUUCAAAGAAGCCAUCAGACUCUUACCAAGAUGAAUGUACAGAUUACAUCAAAGUACAGAAAGCCAGAGGACCAGAACUGAAGACUAGUUUCAGAAAGAUGGAAGAGAGUUCUGUGGAAGUCCAUGGGUACAGAGAAGCAGAUGAUUCCAGAUCCAGACGUAGAAUGUUUGAACAAAGACUCCCAUGUGAGACUUUCCGGACAUACCCAGGAUCAUACAAUAUUUCACAAACAGUGGAAAACCAGUUACCUCAUUGCUUACCAGCUCACUCAAAGAAGACAUAUGACUCUUUCCAAGAUGAACUGGAAGAUUAUAUCAAAGUGCAGAAAGCUAGAGGUCUAGAUCCAAAGACUUGUUUCAGAAAGAUAAGAGAGAGCUCUAUGGAAACCCAUGGGUACAGAGAAGUUGAUUCUGGACACAGACCAAGAAUGUAUGAGCAGAGAUUUUCCUUUGAGACUUCUCAGACAUACCAACGACCAUACACUACUUCACCAAUGGAAAGCCAGUUACAUCACUGGUUACCAACUCAUUCAGAGAGGACCUAUGACUCUUUCCAAGAUGAACUUGAGGAUUAUAUCAAAGUGCAGAAAGCCAGAGGACUAGAGCCAAAGACUUGUUUCAGAAAGAUAAGUGAUAGCUCUGUGGAUACCCAUAAAUACAGAGAAGUGGUUGAUUCCAGACCCAGACAUAGAGUGUUUGAGCAAAGACUCCCAUUUGAGACUUUCCAGACUUACCCAGGAUCAUACAAUAUUUCACAGGCAGUGGAAAACCAGUUACCUCAUUGCUUACCAGCUCAUGACAGCAAACAGAGAUUAGACUCUGUGACCUACUGUCAACCCACCAGAGACUAUUUCCCAGAAAAACCAGUACCCCUGAGCCUUAGUCAGCAGGAAAAUAAUUCUGGCCCAUAUAGUGUAGAAUCUGAAGUUUACAAGCACCACUCCUCAGAAAACAAUACCAGUGACCAUCAAGCAAGUCAUAAGCGGAAACAUCAGAAGAGAAGAAGGCAUCUGGAGGAAGGUGAAGAAAGGCCACAGAAGGAGCAGUCUAAGCAUAAAAGGAAAAAGAGUUAUGGGGAUACUGAUGUAGACAAGGACAAGAGCAUCCAGGAAAGGAAAAGAGAGGGAGGUAAAGUCAGUGUCAGUUCAGGAAAGCUUAAGCAUCGAAAAAAGAAAAAACGCCAUGGUGUACCCUCUGAGAAGGAAGAACGUAAGCACAAGAGAGAGAAAAAGAAAUCUGUGGAAGAAAAGACAGAAGAGGAAAUGCUUUGGGAUGAGUCUAUUCUUGGAUUUUAAACUUUUAGCUUUAUUUACCCAAGGAGAAAUCUGUUAAGAAUAGGGGAAUUUAAACAAAGACAGGAACAUCUAAUGAAGAAAAAGAGAGGUGAAUACAGUCAGUGUCAGUUUCAGGAAAGCUUAGUUUUUUGUGUGUGAAGAUUGAAAUUGAAUUGAAAGAAGAGACAAGCCUAAACCUAGCUUCUGAGAAAGAAGAACCGAAGAAGAACCUAAGAACACAAUAAAAACAUAGGAGAAAAGGAAGCCUAUUGAAGAAAAGGCAAAAGUGUCAGUGCUUUAGGAUGAGUCUUCUCUUAUAUUUGAACUUUUCAGUUUUGUUCCCUUAAAGCUGAAUUGAAGAAAUAGGUUGAAGAGUUUGGUUUCAUGAAACUUAUGUUGUUGAAUUUUCCUAAGUUGACAGUUACUUUAACUGCUAACAAAAGCCAAAUGAAAUAAGAGUAUUCAAUAUGCCUUUUCCUCAAGUUAUUUUUCCUCAUUUCUUAAAGUGAAAGAAAAAUUACAUGUUUCCUGCAUAUAAAGUAAUUUCCCUUAAUGAGGCUGCUUCUAUUCCUAUUCAUCAAAUUGCUGUGAUGGUGAAUUAUUUACCUAUGGGAGAUAAUUUAUUUUAAAUGAGAGAAUUACCAGGCAUUACAGAAUUCAUCCCUUGUUUCAGUUUGCAUAAGUGUUAGUGGUAUUUUAUUAUUGUUAUUGUGUGUUUGUUUAUGUUUCUUAGUUUUCUCCAAGGAAAACGUGUGAAGCAAUUUAGACUGAUUUUUUGUUUGUUUGUUAAAUCUAAUUUGCAGUGUAUUUUUGUAUUUUCUAGUUCUGGAAGUGGAAAAUGAAAAAGUCUAUAAUAAACUUAGAUGAUAUAUAGUUUUAAAGA